CCCAGGGCGGGUCGGCCGGCUCCGUCUUUGCGCCCCGCCUGGCUUGGGAGGCGCAGCUCUGCACGGCUCGGAGGCUGGCGGCGGCUCCAGCCAUGUGCCUGCCGGCCAGAGUUGCCGGGCGAGGGCGGCUGCUUUCCAGCGGGGCUUUAGCGACGGGAGCCCGGGGACCGCGUGGGACGCCCCGCGGGCGGAGGUGACACCUCGGAAGCCUUCGCGGGGGACCCCCCGAGGCUUCACGCUGCCCCAGUCGCGCCUGGUGUGAAGAGCGCCUCGUUGGCAUCUGCGGUGCUUCCUGGCUGGCCAGACUUAGUGGGGCGAUUAGCAGUGCAGGGAGAAUUGGCAACCUGGCAACAGAUACAAGAGCUGGAAACAGUUUCUUCGUCUGUUUUUCAAUGAAACCUUGAGAUUCACAGAAUAUUACAUUCUGUUGCGGUGACCAGCUUCUAAGACUGAGGUCUGGGCCGGACAUGCUGUGGCUGAAAGAAGCACAGCGUCGUUUUUGGACCUAGAAGGGGACAUGUGGAGGAAAAGGGGCAGGGAGCCCAAGUGAUCAGAAUGACCCAGGCGUUGAAAGAGUUUUCCAAUCUUCUGCUAGUUGUGCUCUGUGAUUAUGUUCUUGGAGCAGUGGAAUAUCUUCUGCUAGAACAACCAACUCACGUAGUGUUCAGCAACAGUACCGUCUCGCUUGAGUUCCGCUAUUACCAUGGCGAGAACGUGACACUGAAAAACACGUCCAUCUCGCUGCUAGAAGCGGGCACCAACCAAACCGUUGCAAAGAAAGAGCUCCCACAAAGCCAGGACCAAGAUAUUGUUGUAUUUGAAUGUUAUCAUUUUAAGACUGCCGGGAGCUACUGGUUCAGAAUGGUCUCUGAAAUCAGCAACGGCACCGAUACCCGGUGGAAUGAAGAGAGACUUCCUCUUAGCGUGACGUGGCCUGAAUUUCAUAUUGAUCUAAGGAGGACCUCGGAGAGACUUGGAAAUUCCCUUCAGCUCGGACUGUUCACCAAUGAACAUUUAUGCCAGAUAAAUAAGACAGUGAUUUCUCUGGAUGUCAUAAUGACUAGCAGCUUAUAUGAUUUAGGAACACUGAUUUCAAAUGAGACUGUAGGUCUGAGAACUAGCAAAGAACUGUUUCUUUCUAGGUCCCAGUGGGUGACAGUUGACUGUCAUGUUGUUGGUCUGUUAGCGUAUGUUGCAGCUCUACUGAAACCAGUGAAGUCCCACUCAAUCAUUGCUUCAACAGGACCUGUAGACAUUGUGCACAGAUUUGGAUACAAGAUCAUUGUGACGCAAGAAACAAUGUGCGAGUCUUCCAUUGUGGUUUCAGUCGUUCCUCCUCCGUGCACUUCCGCUGUGGGACACAUUGCUGUGUUCAAAGAUCCUCUUGAGCCUCUGAGUCCAAAGGCACCAAGGAUACUUGAAAACAUCGUGAACACAGAGGCCAAUCGGAUAGAAUUCAACUGCACCAUGUUUGACGAGGGAACAAAUAAAUACUGUUUUGAGUUUAGGCGUUCAAGCCGUAUAGAGUCACCUCCGCGAGCGAAAGAAUGUGUGCUAAUUCUAAGGAAUAUUGGACACUGGAGUGUUUGGCAGGCCUGGAGCCCGUGUAGUGUGACCUGUGGGGACGGUGUCCGGGAGCGUUAUCGCGAGUGUCUUGCAUCGUUCCCAGUCCUUUUAAAACAAGGUUGCAAUGGGAAGAAUCAGGAGAUUUCUCCAUGUUCUUUGGAGGAAUGCUCUACCACUAAGUCUACACCAAUCAGUACUCUGCAUCCUGAAGGAGGCCAGAAGAGCAGUAAUAAUCUGGUAACUAUUACUGGCAUAUCUCUGUGCUUGUCUAUCAUCUUUGCAACCAUCCUUAUCACUUUGUGGAGGAAGCUUUGCAAGGCUCACAAGUGUCGCACCCCCGUGCGCUGUGAUUCUGCCCACUCACCCGGCUUCCGGAAGAAUUCCGAUGAGGAGAAUAUCUGCCAAGAGAGACGGCAGCGAGAGAGCUUUUCUGAGGGGAGAGAAGCCCCUUGUUCGGAAUCUCUUGAGAUACCUUUAAAUUUCAGGAGAAGUCGCCAUUUUGCCCAUGAAGAAGAACAAGGAGGAGAAGUUUCUGGCACUGAGAGCUUUCAGGCCAGUGCUCAAAAAAUAAUCCCACCUAUUUUCAGCUAUCGCCUAGCUCAGCAGCAGUUGAAAGAAAUGAAGAAGAAGGGUCUCACAGAAACAACCCAGGUUUAUCACGUUUCCCAGAACCCUCUGGUGGACACUAUGAGCACAGAAAACCAAGAGGCAACGGCGACAGCAAAUAAGUUCAGAAUCAAGUCUCCUUUUCUGGAGCAGCCACCCAACCUUCUCAAUGUAUCUGGGGAACGGCCAUGUUCUAGCAUGGAUUUUAAACUGCCACGGGCCCGUCGUAUCCUGAGCCCCAGCCAGACCUUAAUUCAUCAGCUAAGAUAUGAAGACAGAGGAGAGCAGCUAGGAACAGGCUACCCAAGAUGCUCACAGUUCCGCCGGACAGCUAGUUUUCACGAAACAAGAAAAGCCAAGCCAUUCAGAAAGAGAAGCAUGUCGACCCUUCCACCACGUCAGACCCCACACUACCCUUGCCGGCCCAGAACAAGGGACCUUGUUCCAGACGAACAAUAUCAUCUUAAAUCUAAAGAGAUCGUUGAGAAUAUAGAAGAGCUCCCCCUGUAUCACAACACUGCUUCAGCUAAUGAACCUUUGACCUAUGAGCCACAGAUUCCCCACCAAUGGGAAUCUCCUGGGAAAAAACUAGAUCUAGUCAGUAGUCGUCAGACUACUACUUCCCAGGUACUAUGUGCUGAAAGACCAGAGCAGAAGAGAAACAGAAAGGUCCCUUUCCAGAACCACAGGGAUAGUUGGAAGAAAGAAACUCUCAUAUUAUCUGUCAGAGAGAGCCAACAGAGAGUGAAUACGCUCAGCCCUUCCCAGUACAGAAAGAGCAAAUGCCAGAGCUUUCCAUCAGACCCCAAAUACCACUUUUAUGACAACACUUCUUUUGGUCUAACCGAAUCGGAACUGCAAAUCAUUGAUCUGCCUGGAUAUUUUGGCUCCAACGAAGGAGAUGAAACAAGUACUCUAAGCAUGGAAAAACUGGUGCUUUGAAUGGCAUUCCGUUGACACAGAAGAAACUGUAUGGUGAUUGGCCAAAAUGUGGUGAAUGACUUUUAAAGUAACGCAACCGUAGGAUUCAAUUUCCAUCUCUGCCGCAAAACGACCCAGUUGUUACUGCUAUUCCCACUUUUGUGAAUACACACCUAACUGCCUAGGAAAAGAUUGUGAAAAUGGAUACUCUGACAUACAGAUAAGUUCCAGAUUUUUCUACUGUGUUGCCAUAUUCACUGAUCCUGUCACAGCUGGUUUAUGAACUGAUCCCAGAUGCUCCUUAGCAGGACCAACAGUUUAUAAGGUUGGGUUCCAGGGCCCAAGUGGUAGUUCUUAUCCAACAGCCAGUUACAGCAGCCGCCCUUUGCAAUAAUUCUCUCUCUUAUCCCAGUUCUUCGUUUGAGCAAUUGGGGAGGGCGUACAUGUGGCACCGGCACUCAGAGGCCCAUCUGAGUAAACAUGGAUUGGGCACCUAUGCGUGUGAUAAAUUUGCAGUGAGAUUAUAGAGGUACUUGGGGAACCACCAGACUGCUUUGCCUCCAUGAGCUUAACAGGGGAGCUCUUUUAUUUUAAUUGUGGUUUGCUUUCCAGAAACGACACCAGCUUGUUAGCUUUCCAGAUUUAGCAAAGCUCUGCUUCCAGUUAUAAAUUAGUCCUCUUGUUCACAGAAACAGGAGAACCACCUUCAGAACUCUACAGGAAAUGUAUCCUUCCAGACCCCAAGAGACUACUACUGAAGUACCAGCAGAAAAUUCUAUUUUGAUUACAUAUUUUGGACUUAUUCUCUCCCAUGACCAGUGGACAAAUUGAUCUAGCAGGUUGCUCCUGUAUGUUUGUACCCUCCCGCUCCCCGAAAGUAUAAAUGAGAAAAGAAGCACAAACAGUUUAGAAAGUAGUUUAUACUACAUGGAUUAAAAAAUACUGAUACAAAAAUAAAGGAACUUUUCAUAUAA